AUGACACCCCUGACCAAAUAUAUGCUGGACCAGCACUUACAAAAGUUCAAAAAGGAAGAGCUCCGGAGGAAACGAGUAGCGGCUGACCGUAAAGCUCGUCGGGAGAAUGUGACAAUUGAUUUUGACGCUACCCCGGAAGACAAGGCGCCUAUAGGCAAAGCCAAGGGAAAAGAACUGCUCGACGCCCGCGGCUGCCUGAAAGGGAAGCACCUGUCAAGGCACCGAGAGAAGAUCCUUCAAAAGGAUCACGAGAUGUGCUUUACUAUGGAAUGUCCCUGGGAG